ACUUUCAUUCCACCAAUGGCUUUCUCUCUCCCACUCUCUCUCCCACUCUCUCUCCUCAUCCUCUUCAUCUCUCUUCUGGCCUUCAAGCUCAUCCUACGGCGCAGAUACAAGCUCCCUCCGGGCCCCAAGCCCUGGCCCGUUGUUGGGAACCUCUACGACAUAAAGCCAGUAAGGUUCCGGUGCUUCGCGGAGUGGGCCAGCACGUAUGGUCCGAUCGUAUCUGUAUGGUUCGGAUCGACGUUGAACGUUGUCGUGUCGAGCUCUGAAUUGGCUAAGGAAGUACUCAAGGAUAAUGAUCAAAUGCUGGCUGAUAGGCCUAGGAAUAAGUCCGUCGAGCUGUUUAGUAGGAAUGGUCAGGAUCUGAUAUGGGCUGAUUAUGGGCCCCACUAUGUUAAGGUGAGGAAGGUUUGUCAGGUGGAGUUGUUCACUCCAAAGAGGCUUGAGGCACUUAGGCCCAUCAGAGAGGAUGAAGUGACGGCUAUGAUUGAGGCUAUCUUUAGAGAUUGCACCAAACCAGGCAACCAUGGGAACGGUGUGGCUGUGAGGGACUACUUAUCACCUGUAUCCUUCAACAACAUAACUAGACUGGCUUUGGGGAAGCGAUUGAUGGACUGGGAAGGGAGGAUAGAUGAUCAGGGCAAGGAGCUCAAGUCAAUCGUCACAGAAGGCAUCAAGAUCGGCGGGUCCCUCCCCAUAACGGAGCACGUACCGUGGCUCAAAUUGUUCGAUAGGACCAACGAAGUCGCACUAGAGAAACGUGAGCUCCGUAGGAAUCGACUCACCAAAGCCAUCAUGGACGAACACACGCAAGCUCGUCUAAAAAAUGGCGCCAAACAUCACUUUGUCGAUGCCCUCCUAACCCUACAGGAUCAAUACAACCUCAGCGAUGACACCAUUAUCGGCCUACUAUGGGAUAUGGUAACUGCCGGCAUGGAUACAACAGUCAUAGCUGUGGAGUGGGCCAUGACAGAGCUAAUCAAGAACCCAAGGGUGCAACAAAAAGCCCAAGAGGAGCUGGACGCAGUGAUCGGCUCUGAUCGUGUCAUGACAGAAGCCGACUUUCCCAACCUCCCCUACCUACAAUGCAUCGCCAAAGAGUCCCUGCGUUUACACCCAUCCACACCUCUCAUGCUCCCUCACAAAGCUGCUAAUCACGUCAAGAUCGGUGGCUACGACAUCCCCAAGGGCUCGAUCGUGCACGUCAAUGCAUGGGCCAUUGCUCGUGACCCAGCUAUCUGGAAGAAUCCAUUAGAGUUCAAACCCGAGCGUUUUCUCGAGGAAGAUAUCGACAUGAAAGGCCAUGAUUUCCGCCUGUUGCCUUUCGGUGCAGGCCGGCGUGUGUGUCCUGGGGCCCAGCUGGGAAUCAACUUAGUUCAAUCGAUGCUCGGCCACCUGUUACACCAUUUCAACUGGGCCCCACCAGAAGGUGUUAAACCAGAUGAUAUCGACAUGUCGGAGAAUCCUGGGAUGGUUACUUUCAUGCGUACACCACUUCGAGCCGUUCCAACGCCUAGAUUGCCUGCUCAUCUCUAUAAGCAUUUCUAAUUAUGUCUA